AUGAGUAUAAAGGGUCUGGCUGUAGUCUUGACUGUGCUCAUCUGUGCUGCGAUUAUUCAAGGUUUCCCCAUGCUCCAAAGAGGUCGAUGUCUUUGCAUAGGCCCUGGAGUAAAAGCAGUCAGAGUGGCAGACAUCGCAAAAGCCUCCAUAAUGUACCCAAGUUACAACUGUGACAAUUUAGAAGUGAUUAUCACCCUGAAAAGAAAUAAGGGACAACGAUGCCUAAAUCCCAGAUCCAAACAAGCAAGUCUUAUAAUCAAGGAAGUUCAAAGAAGGAAUUUUUUAAAAUAUCAAAAUAUAUAAAGUCUUGGAAAAGAGGAUUUAAAAGCCAGAACAAGUUUUACCGUGACUACGAACACAACAUGUAUUCUGCAUUAAGAAGCUGA